GUCUCGCGUACAUCUCUGCGCUCGCUCGCGGUGUGUGUCCCGACUCGAAAGUAAGAACAGAAAAAAAGGAAACAGAACGAAUAGAGAGACACAGAGAGAAAAAAAAACGAGGAAAUUUACCACGAGCAAUAUUCUAGCAAGAUUUAAAGGUUAAAGACGUUUGGUUGUUUUGCCGUUUGUAAAUAGGCAUCGGCUUGACUGCGUGCUUUCCGUCUUUUGCCUGGAGUCUGAUUGAAGCAGAUCACAAUGGAAGGGCGAAGGACGCUCUCCCUUGCAGCUGUGGUGAUCGCGCUUCAGGUUGUCAUGGCAACGGCUUCCCAGAAUGUGACGUCAGAGGAGGUUAUUUCAAGACAGAAGAGGUUCAUUUACAUUCCCUUAACGGACGUGUUCAGCUACAACCAAAUCGUAACGAUCGGCUUCGCUCUCCUCCUGACCGUCAUCGUGGCUGCCUUGGCGUACCUGAGCGAGGAUGCGUCCGGUUACGAGGCCUCGACGGGCUACCUGACGCCGCACAGACGCGUCAUCGACAGGAAUGGCGCUGGGCAACGGUCGGCUAACAGCUUUAUACAUAGUUUUAAGACUAACUGUAAUAUACUAAUCCAGCCGCUUUGGUGAUGAUAAAAAAAAAAAAAGUAAAUAAAUAAAAAUAAUGGAAUGUUAUGUAUCAUACUGUAAAUCUGUUAACAAUAUAUGUAUAUAUCUAUAUAUAGAGAGAGAUGAAUGCCAGUGCCUUAAGAAGUAAACGUGUUAUGACUCACUAAUGGAAUGUGCAAUGCUCCUGCAAUGUUUCUCAAGUACCCCAAAAUACUCAUUAGAUUUAGCGUUUGUGCCAAAGACGCACCUUAUUGCUGUAUUGCUGUUAGUUUGAUCAGUAGUGUCUUUACUUUUUUUUUUUUUUUAAUUAAUCCUAAUUUAUUAUUUUACCUUUAAGGAUCUAUUUACAUGUAUAUGUUUGUUUCUGCUU